AUGCUCCGGCUGUGCAGCAAGAGGAAGAGCAGGAGCCGGGCCAAACGCAUCUGCUCUGAGCUUUUGCGGAAGGAGGGCUACACCAUGCAGGUGAACGUCAACGACUACCUGGACAUCUACUGCCCGCAUUACAACGACAGCACGCGCAUGGUGGGCACGAGCGAGCAGUACGUCCUCUACAUGGUCAGUUACCGUGGUUACCGCUCAUGUGACCCCGGGAUGGGCUUCAAACGGUGGGAGUGUAACCGGCCCCUCGCCCCCAAUGCACCCAUCAAGUUCUCUGAGAAGUUCCAGCGGUACAGCGCCUUCUCCCUGGGCUACGAGUUCAACGUGGGCCAGGAGUACUACUACAUCUCCACUCCCACGCACCACCAUGGCCGCAGCUGCCUGAGGUUGCGGGUGUACGUCUGCUGCCCCACAGGCUCUGACGCACACGACGACGAGCAGGAGCCCACGGAAGCCGACUACACGCUCAGACCAGGCAUCAAAAUUGAUGACAUCGACGACUACAACACAUUUGUGCCGAAGCUGGAGAAGAGCGUCAGCGGCAGCAGUCCGUCCCGCGAUCGCCUUCUCCUCACGGUUACGAUGCUCCUCCUCGCCGCGCUCUUCGUCUCCUAG